UUAUUAACCAAAUACAACAUGUGCUCUCCUGCCAGUUCCAAAAUCCUGUACAGGAACCCCCGAUUCCUCCGGGUAGCCUUUCUGCAGCUUCAUCACCAGCAGCAGAGUGGUGUGUUUUGUGAUGCCCUUCUGCAGGCAGAGGGUGAGGCUGUCCCAGCCCACUGCUGCAUCCUGUCUGCCUGCAGUCCCUUCUUCACAGAACGCUUGGAGCGGGAAAGGCCAGUUCAGGGUCGGAAGGUGGUGCUGGAGCUGGGAGGCCUAAAGAUCCAGACACUAAGGAAGCUCGUGGACUUCCUGUAUACGUCAGAGAUGGAGGUAUCUCAGGAAGAAGCCCAGGAUGUGCUGUCUGCUGCCCGUCAACUCCGAGUGUCAGAGCUGGAAACCCUUCAGCUAGAGGGUGGGAAGUUAGUAAAGGCUCCACAGGGCCGAAGACUAAACAGAGAGUGCUUACAACCACCAAGUGCUGCACCAAUCUCUACCAGAGUGGUGGUACCCAGAAGCCGCCCUCGAACUCCGCUGCCUGUCACGGAGACUCCUAGUCCUCUUGGGGCAGUGAGGUUGAAAUCCUUAGGGGAAGAAGAGGGGGCUCACAAAAAGAGCAACCUACCAAAUGCAGAUAGCUUGUCAGACACUCUUCUACUCAAGAAGAAAGCCAGGAUUUGCCUGACUCAAGAAAGAAGCUCAUCUCCAUCCAGCCAGAGAGAAGGGCCUAAGGAAAACAAGAGUAACCCUGGUCCUACAGCACUUCCCAGCUUGUACCCUUCUGUAGAUGAGCAACUGUUGCCCAGAAAGAUCAGGCUGAGUCGCUCAAAGCCUUCACCCCAUGUCUAUACAUCUCUGCCUUCCAGCAUGUUAAGUGGUCCCAGCUCAAUACCCACAGCCCCUGGCCGGCGUCUUUGGAGGCAGAAAACUGUAAGUAAAACAGCACAGGGUGUGGAUAAGCAGAAACCAGGGGAGAUCAGUUCUCUCCAGAGCACUGCAGAGCCGCCUGAUGCUGGGAAGACAGGCGGAAACAAGAAGCAGAGCCCAGAACUCAGAGCUCCUACCUCCAACUCUGUAGAGGAGGGGCAGGUUGGAAGAGUAAAACUUAGGAAGAUUGUCAACGGUACCUGCUGGGAGGUGGUACAGGAGCCUCCCCUCAGAAACACUCAAGAUAGCUCCCAGAUCCUAGAACCCUCAGAAGUAGAAGAGCCUCCUGGAACUCUGCUGUCCUCAGUUAAUGAACAGGACAUACCUGCUAGAAUACAACUGUGUCAGGACUCCCCUGAGAGCCCUAGGCUUCAAGACAUUCUGCUCUCUGCUAGCCACUCCCCACACCACCCUGUGGUGAAGUCAGAGUUUGAGUCCAGUCCAAUGCUGACAGGGAAGGAAUCUGACUUGAAUAUUGACUGCAGAGAGCCCUACACAUUUGACACAACCUUGCUUAGCCAACCUUGUGAGGCUGAGCAGUAUCGAAUCACAAGUGCUGCAGCCACCAGUGAACUGGAAGAGAUUUUGGACUUUAUGCUAUGUGGCUCAGAUGUUGAGCCACCAGUAGGAUCUUUGGAGAGUCCUGGGGCUGAAGGCUGCAGAACCCCAAGUUAUCACCUGUCAGAAACAGGAAAGAAUUGGAUUGAAGGGGAAGAAUGGUGUUUGCCAGACAUGGAACUCUGGCCCAGAGACCUCACAGGAUUGGAAAAGGAGCCAGUUGGUGAGAACAAAGAGCCAGUUGAGCCCUUUAGUCCCCUUGUCUUGCGCUCUGAGAACACAGAAUCAAUUGAGCCCCUUAGCCCCCUUGUCAUGCCCUCUGAGGUAAGUAGAGAGGCACUGUCACUAAGAGGCUCUUGGACUCCAGACCUUGAAAUUACCAGCUCCCAGCCACUGGAUGGUCAGGGAGAAAAACUUCUCCACCUUGACUCCUCUGACCCUUCCCAGAGAUCUUAUAGUGAUUUCUCUCCUCCAUGCUCAAACUGGGCAGAGACAGGGCUGGAAGUGUCCCUAGGCAUGGAUGAGGUAUUGUGUCCUGUUCCCAAGGCAGUCAGGGAAGUGCCUGCCAACCCUGAACUGCUGGACCCAUUUCCUGGCAGUUCUGAAGACGAAGAGAUUGAUGUGGUAGACUGGACAGUGGAAGGGAGGUUGGGGCCCACUAAUGUUCCCUCUGUUUGGCCUGACCCUUCCUCAGAGUCAGAAACAGAAGUAGAUAUACUAACAUAGUAGAGGCAGGAGGGCAGGUUAGCGCUCCUAGGAGGGUGACAACUGUUCAACAAAAGGCUUUCUUGGCAGAAAAGCAAGCACAUCUCCUCCUCUCAGCACUGACCUCCCUUCCUCAGGUGUGCGCACCAGGCAGAAGUCAAAUAAAUAGCACUACCAUGGAUAGAAAAUUAUGAACAAAGCUAUUUCUUUGUAGUCCAUUUUUCAGUGACAAAACUUUGUGGUCCCCAGCUCUGGUCAUAAGAAUAGUUAUGAGUAGGCCUCAGUUCAUGAGACAUCUCAUAGUCACUGAUAAUUCAGGAAAACUUUGAGCAUUGUUUGUGGUUGUAUUCAAAGAAUGUUUGAAGCCAUGUUAGGUAGAACACUGAAAUGAGUGGGAUCUCAAAAUUGCACAGGCUGGCCUUAAACUUUUGACUUCUGCCUCAGCCUCCUGUAGCUAGUGUUACAGACUUGUGCCACUAAGCCCAACCUAUGGGGCGUACUCACUGCCGGUAUGGGAAGUCAAGAGAAAGCUGCC